CCGCCGUGCCGAGGGCGUGGGGCUCGGAGCGCCGAACGCCAGGUCCGAGCAGAACAGCGCCCGGCCUUCCUAGAGCCAACCUCCGGUCUCCCCGGGAAACGGCUACAGCAAUCAAGACCAGGGAUCCGAAAAGCCGGGCGGCCCGGGUGCUGCGCGCCGGUUUCCGUGCGGACCUGUCCGCACCUCGCCGCUGUACCACCUCUGCUCCGUCUUCCGCUCUUAGCCGAGACCCCGCCCGGAAGGGGCGCCCCUUCACGGCCUCUGGGCCCCAGCUUCGCUCCAGGUCUCUCCGCAAGCACCCGGUCCCGGCCCGGCGGCACCUGGGCUGCUCCCGCCCAAGGCACCACCCCUCGCGCAGUCAAAAGAACUUUCCCGGGAGCCGCCGCGGCCUGCGCGCCCAGGGCACACCCCCGCCCGCCCGCCGGCGCUUUCCCAGCCUGGGCGCCCGCUUCUCCGUUCGCCUGCGCGCCCGCAAGCUCCGUGACUCCCCACUUCUCUGAAAAUCCCGGAGGAGCGGCACCCCGCCGUCGCAGCAAGGCGUUUUCGCAGGGCCAGCUUCAACUUAGUCAUACACACAACCCCUCGUGAUGAGUUCCACGGUCCCCAGACGGGAGCCGCGUCCCGCCACGAGCUGACUUGCACUCGCGGGUCUUGGACUGCGGGAGGGGCCGCGGCGCCCCCGCCUUCGGAGGAGCGGGAGCCGCAGGAUGCGCGGGGACCCGCCACCGCCCUCCGCGCUCAGUUUCGCCGGCGCUUCCCCGGCGGCUCCCGGGCGCUGACUCCGGGCUUCUCCGCCCUCCUUCCCUCCAGCCGGCGCCGGGCAGCUCGUCCUCGCGGCGCUGGACCUCGCCGGGAACCGGUGCCCUCGCCCUGGCCACGGCGCGGACAAUAAAUUAAUGCCUCGCGCUUGAGGGGAGGGGGCGGCUCGGCGCCUGGGUCGCAGCUUUCUCUCUGGGCUGGAGACUGCCACAGCCGACAUGGGCUGCUUCUGCGCUGUCCCGGAAGAAUUUUACUGCGAAGUUUUGCUUCUGAAUGAAUCCAAGUUAACCCUCACCACCCAGCAGCAGGGCAUCAAGAAGUCAACGAAAGGUUCUGUUGUCCUUGACCACGUAUUCCGACACAUAAACCUUGUGGAAAUAGAUUAUUUUGGGCUGCGUUACUGUGACAGAAGCCAUCAGACAUAUUGGCUGGAUCCUGCCAAAACCCUUGCUGAACACAAAGAACUUAUCAACACUGGACCUCCAUAUACUUUGUAUUUCGGUAUUAAAUUCUAUGCUGAAGAUCCAUGUAAGCUUAAAGAAGAAAUAACCAGAUACCAGUUUUUUUUGCAGGUGAAGCAAGAUGUCCUUCAGGGCCGGCUGCCCUGCCCUGUCAACGUCGCUGCUCAGCUGGGAGCAUAUGCCAUCCAGUCUGAGCUUGGAGAUUAUGACCCGUAUAAGCAUACUGCAGGUUAUGUGUCAGAGUACCGGUUUGUUCCUGAUCAGAAGGAAGAACUUGAAGAAGCCAUAGAAAGGAUUCAUAAAACUUUAAUGGGUCAGGCUCCUUCUGAAGCAGAGCUGAAUUACUUGAGGACUGCUAAAUCCCUGGAGAUGUAUGGCGUUGACCUCCAUCCCGUCUAUGGAGAAAACAAAUCUGAGUAUUUCUUAGGAUUAACUCCGGUUGGUGUUGUUGUCUACAAGAAUAAAAAGCAAGUGGGGAAGUAUUUCUGGCCACGGAUUACAAAAGUUCACUUCAAGGAGACACAGUUUGAGCUCAGAGUACUGGGAAAAGACUGCAACGAAACCUCAUUCUUUUUUGAAGCUCGAAGUAAAACUGCUUGCAAGCAUCUUUGGAAGUGUAGUGUAGAACAUCAUACAUUUUUCAGGAUGCCAGAAAAUGAGUCAAAUUCAUUGUCAAGAAAACUCAGCAAGUUUGGAUCCAUGAGUUAUAAGCGCCGGUACAGUGGCAGGACAGCAUUGCAAAUGAAUCGAGAUCUUUCUAUUCAACUUCCUCGGCCAGAUCAAAAUGUGGCAAGAAGUCGAAGCAAGACUUACCCAAAGAGAAUAGCACAAACACAGCCGGCUGGAUCAAACAGCAUAAAUCGAGUAACAGCAAACAUGGAAAGUGGAGAAAAUGAAGGAACAACUAAAAUUACUGCACCUUCACCAAUAAAAAGCUUUAAGAAAGCAAAGAAUGAGAACAGCCCUGAUACCCAAAGAAACAAAUCUCAUGCACCAUGGGAAGAAAAUGGCCCCCAGAGCGGCCUCUACAACUCUCCCAGUGACCGCACGAAAUCCCCGAAGUUCCCCUCCACGCGCCGCCGAAACCCCUCCUGUGGGAGCGAUGAUUCUGUCCAGCCAACGAGGAGGAGGAAAGCCCAUAACAGUGGUGAAGACUCAGAUCUAAAGCAAAGGAGGAGGUCACGCUCACGCUGUAACACGAGCAGUGGUAGUGAAUCGGAAAAUUCUAAUAGAGAGCACCGGAAAAAGAGAAACAGAAUACGGCAGGAGAAUGAUAUGGUUGAUUCAGCGCCUCAGUGGGAAGCUGUAUUAAGGAGACAAAAGGAAAAAAAUCAGGCGGACCCCAACAACAGACGAUCCAGACAUAGAUCUCGCUCGAGGAGCCCUGAUAUCCAAGCAAAAGAAGAGUUAUGGAAGCAUAUUCAAAAGGAACUUGUGGAUCCUUCUGGAUUAUCUGAAGAACAAUUAAAAGAGAUUCCAUACACUAAAAUAGAGACUCAGGGUGACCCGAUCCGCAUCAGGCAUUCCCACUCACCGCGGAGUUACCGCCAGUAUCGCAGGUCUCAGUGCUCAGACGGAGAGCGGUCCGUUCUCUCAGAGGUGAAUUCAAAAACAGAUCUUGUACCUCCACUUCCUGUGACACGGUCUUCAGAUGCUCAGGGUUCUGGUGGCUCCACAGUUCAUCAGAGAAGAAAUGGAUCUAAAGAUAGCCUGAUUGAAGAAAAAUCUCAGACAUCUACAAGUAACCUGGCUGGAAAACACACAGCAAAAACAGUAAAAACUGUCCAAGCCUCACGCUUCAAGAUGGACUUGAUCCAAUGAAGGGCUUGGGGAUUAGGUGUGGGAAGGGUGUGUUUGCCACCUUUACUUUCAAACUGUGAAUUAUUCAAGUAUCUUGGACCUGCAAAAAGUGUUUCUUCAGAAAAAAGUGGGCAUCUGUUGCAUCAUUUAAAGGAUUAACAGUGUAUUUGUGCUGAAGGGCCUUUUUGUUUGGCAACUGGAAGAAUAGUCUUGUGAUAACUCAUUGCCUUGAUGCUGUUUUCCUUCCUGCAGUUAGCUUGUGUCCACACCAUGAUCAGGUGGCUCCGAUCAAAGCUCUGGGAUCCUGGUGUACAGCUUCCUAGCUGUGCAAGGGUACACCAAGUGGAUGAAAACAUUCUUCCCAACUCUAGGUGGGUCUCGGCCUGUGCACAGACAUAUGAAGACUGAGAUCUCACUUUCAGACUGCAGAGGUUUUUAUUCAUAUAGUUGUAAUACUGUAUUUUGUGGCAUUAAGUCCCACUGGUUAUUUACCAACGUAAAAAGCUUUUUAAGUGUUGCUUUUAAUUUCUAGUGUCCUUGUGUUUUCAGAAAAAAAGAAAAGCUAUGUGUGGGUUUCAGUUGGCCUCAGUUUAUAAAUUCAUGAAACUCAACCAACAAUGGUGUCUCCCUCCUGCCUGGCUACCUAACUUCCCCCAAAGACUAGUUCCUUUGAGGAUAACUUUGCAACCCACUUUCCAGAGAAAAUAGAAAUACUCAAGCAGGACAUCUUUCACCUCACUACCCACAAACUUCUCCAGUUGCAAUCAACUCGAAUACUUCUUCCUUUCCUCUUGUCCCUGUCAACUUUCCUCUCCAUGAAAUCCCUGCCACUUGGCUUUAAACUAUUAAUUCUCCCAUGUCAAAAAAAAAAAAAAAGCCUACCUUUCCAACUGUGAAUCCCUCUCCAGCUAUGUCUUCUCCCAUUCAAAAGACCUCUACAGCCGUUGUUUCCUAAUCUUAAGAUCCUCCUCCACUAGACCUCACUAAAAUCACCUGUCACCAAAUCCCAAAGGGAACUUUUUAGGCUCCCUUGCCAUUUUAGUGCAGUAUUUCGUCGUUUGUACUGUUGUGACCAUCUUUUACUGCUCUUCAGUAAGAUGCUAUUCUACCUCACCAAUUAGUUUCCCAGAGCUUGGACCUCUCCCUCUACCCCAGGUGGAUCUCAUUUAUACCCAUGGCCUUAAGGUUUAUUUCCAUAGCUUAAUCUGUUUCUGCCAGGCCACUUAGAUUUCUCAAAGGCAAUCCCAAUUCAAGUUUAAAAUGCUGCUCCCUGCUGGAUUCAGGACCACUAUGCAUGUAAAUGUGCAAGACAACACACCUAGCAGUCAUUAGAGAAACCUCCCCUAUUACCAAGUCCUGUUAGCUUUGUUCUCUAUAGCUUAGUGAUCUCUAAAUUUUACUACCACCCUCUAAGUUUACCCCCCUUACAGAUGUCAGCUAUUAACAGAUUUCUCCUUGCUUUAGACAGAGCCAUACAUGGUCUGUUCUUUUCUCUGCUGAGGCUCGUUUUGUAACACCCAUAGACUUCCUUUAACAGCCAUCUCCAAGCCUCAUUAAGCACUUAACUCUUGUCUAAAUCAGGGCACUAAGAGGGAAAGUAACUACAACUGUUACAAACCUGGACCUUUUCUAGCCCAAGUCCCCACUUUGCCUCACAAAAAUGACACCUACCCUUAGACACAAUCACCUUCUCAGGUUUCCUGGACUUGGUUAACUAAUGCAUGAAAUUGUCUCACAAAUGUACUUUUUACAUUUGUGAUGACAUUUCUGCCAUUCAACUCUAAGCUUUCAAAGUGAGGGACUGUGUUUUGCUCACCCUUGUGUUGCCACCUCCUAGUACGUUACUGGAAAAACUGAAUAAAUCUUUCGAAUGCCUGGA